AUGGUGGACAUUCCUCGAAUGAGCAUCCCCCUGGACGACGUGGAAGAUGUACUGGAACGAGUGCUGUAUAUGUGGGCAGUCCGCCACCCUGCCUCGGGGUACGUUCAGGGCAUCAAUGACCUGGCUGUCCCCUUCCUCUGCGUCUAUUCGGGUCUCGUCGAUUUCGAGGCAGAAACAUUCUGGUCACUCACCAAACUGACUGAAGGAAUCCAGGAUUACUACACUCCUGGACAGCCUGGAAUAUUCCGCAGUCUCGAACUCAUCGAACAAGUCAUCAGACUUACUGACAGUUGA